AAAGAGGGUAUUCCUAGAGGAAAAAAAACAAAAAACAAAAACAAAAAUAAAAACCAAAUCUAUUGCGAAGUGAAAAUUUAGCACGAAAUUUGCAGUUUUAACACAAAAACUGGUUUUGUAGGCGAAUAGCAAUUCAAGAAGCAGCAGCAAUAACAAUUUUUCACUCACAAAAAAUUAUACAAAAAACAAAAAUUCAAGUUAACAUUAAAUUGAAAAAAAAAAAAUAAAUAAAUAAAUAACAACGCAAAAUUCACAGGAAAUUUUCAAAACUCUACCUAAGCAAACAAAUACUUAACAAAUAAUAAAAUAAUAAAGCAACCAAACAGAAACAGAAACAAGGUCUGUAAAGAUCUUUGUCGAAACUUUGCUAAAAACCGUCAGCGCGCACAACACUCACUCAAGCGGCCAACAAAAACAACAACGCGCGCAUACAUAUUUACAUGCCAUACACGUAUGUAUGUAUGUCUGUAUUUGUGGUUAAACACCUAGGUGAAUAAUACUCGUAACAUUUGCGAAAUUGGAAAUAAAACCAGCAACAACAAAAACCAAAGGGUUUCUCCACGCCAAAUCAUAAGCUGUUCAUAUUUGACUGUAUAAAAAUUUUUUUUUCGGUGUAGUUGUCAUAUAAAUUCUUUCAAAACGGCGCAGAAAUUCAGUCCACUCAAGCGCAAAAACGUUGCAGAGCCGACACACCAACUCCUCAGCAACAAUAGUCGCGCACCACUCAGCAACAUGUCACAGUUGAUGUUUUGGAAUAAGCAGAACAACAACAAUAACAUAAAAAAUCAAUCAAAUGAUAAUGGCAAGAGCAAUAAUAACGGUACGACAGAGGAUGCAAAGAAGGAUAAGCGCAAUUGGUUGCAUACGCCUGAUGCGCUUGUGAAUGGCCACGUCGUCUAUCUAGUCAAGUUCUUUGGUAAUUUGCCCGUGGAGCAGGCAAAAGGCAUUGAAGUUGUCAAAGAUGCCAUACGGAAGUUGCAAUUCGCGCAGGAGAUGAAGAAGGCCGAAACAGGUACUCAGGAAAAAUGUAAAAAAGUAGAGAUUACCAUCAGUGUGGAUGGUGUGGCCGUACAGGAGCCACGCACACAAAAAAUUCUUCAUCAAUUCCCGCUGCACAACAUUUCCUAUUGUGCCGAUGAGAAGGGUGUGAAGAAAUUCUUCAGUUUUAUUGCGAAAUCAGUUAAGCCACUGGAUGGCGGCAUUAACGGCACCAGCAAUGGAGUGAGUAGCUCGAAUGGCAGCAACAGCACCGGUGGCAGUAACACAGAGGAGACACAUGAGUGCUUCGUCUUCAUAUCGAAUAAGUUGGCGUCGGACAUUACAUUGACCAUUGGACAAGCAUUCGAUUUAGCCUACAAAAAAUACAUAAACAGCGUUGAAAAGACGGAUCUGGGUAAAGUGCAGCAACAGAAUACCGAAUUGGAAAAAGCGCUCGCCAUCUAUAAGAGUCGACUGCGUGAGUUAUCGUUAAAACUGCCAAAAUCCGAGUUGGAUUCGAUGCUCUUCAAAAUGGGCAUCAAAGAUAUACUCGAGUUGCCUGCCGCUGAAAAUGGCGUUCUAACCAACGGCAACGCCACCAAAGCAAACAUGCUUGAAGACAAACUGCUGAUCGACACCAAUUCGACGCAUUCGAUGAAAUCGUCAUCGGGCUCGUCGUCAUCCUUUGUGCCAAUUGUGCCGCCACGCAACAACAUACCAAGCCAAAUUAUACACAAAUCGAAUAGCCAAAAAAUGGAGGAGUUGCUACUCAACUCCGAUUCGGAUAGUGAUUUUGAUCCGCGUGCCGAUGAGUGCGUCGAUGGCGGCAGUACCAGCAGUGGCAAGAACAUCAGCAACGAUCUGUUCGGCUUCGAGCCAUCCAAAACGUAUGGCCAGCAAUUGUUCACCAACCAGAAUAAUAAUGUAAACAAUAAUAGUGUUAACAACAACAACGACAUUAAAUCGAUUAACAAUAAUCACAAUGGCAUCAGCUUGAAUCUGAGCAGCGUCAGCAGCAACAGCAACCAAUUAAGCAACAAUAAUUUUACAAAUGAUUUGAAUCUGACGCCACCAUUAUUGGCACCUCCACCUAAAGUGGCCGCACCUAGGCGCAGUACAUCGGUCACGAACAGCAUCACAAGCAGCAACAACAAUAAUAACAUUGCCAUGACCAACGGCAAUACGGAUUUAUUCGGCUCAGAUCCAUUCGAAAUAAAUAAUGGGCCCAGUAUUUUCAAGAGUAAGAUGCUGACCGUAGACGACUUUACGUUAGAAAGUUUGGAUCCACUGCGAAAGUAGGACGGCACACCGGUGACUUCCCGCUGCAGUGCUGACUCCUCUUAAUAUUGGCCUGAACGCUUUCAACUUCAUACCAACUACUACUACUACUACUACAAGAACAUCUUCAGCUGUGAAUCUCUACAACGCUUACUUGGGCACGAAUUUUCAAUGAAUGUGAAAGCUAUCAAAACAAAAAUUGAAAACAAAAAACAAACAACGUUUCAUAAAACUGUAAUAUGUUUGCAUCGAAUAUUUGUAUACGUUUACUUAUAUAUAUAUGUAUGUGUGGAUAUACAUACAUACAUGCAUGGCAUUUCCAAAUGCAUAUGUAAAAUCCCCUUUGUAACACCACACACACACACACACAUAGAGCAUAUAAAUAUGUAUAGCCACAUUGCAUUGGGAGAAGAAGAAAAAAAUGUUAAACUCAGUUCGUACUUCCGUUAAAAUGCUGUACUCCUUACACUCUCUUUAUGUUAAUAUUGUUUCUGUAAUCGCAUGACGUAUGCACAUGCGAGAGUAUGUUGUAGUAAGUUUAACAGUUGCAAUAACAAAAUGUAUGGUAUUUGCCCCUCAUCCGCUGCAGUUCAGCUAAUUAUAACCCAAUUAUGCAUAUAUGUAUGUAACUAAAUAUAAAACUAUGAAAAUUAUAUGAUAUGUAUUAUUUUAUUUAUUACGUUUUUUAACAUGAACAUAAAUACUAUAUAUGUAUGUGUAAUCUUUUGAAUUAUUAUUACUAUAUUAUUAUGAUAAUUAUGAAAUACUGAUUAUUGAUUUUUUGUAGCCGCAAUUAAAGUCGUUAAUUAUAAUAAGGGCAGCGAUGAUGAUGAUGAUGAUUACAAUGAUGAUGAUGAUGAUGUAGAUGUUGUCGAUGUGGAGUUAAAAGUUACAUAUAAUUAUGUUGUUUGAGUAAAGUGAUAGUAAAGCACACUCCUUCCUCCUUAUAAAAGUGUAUAUGUAUGUAUGUAUGUAUCUACUACUUUCUCUUCCCCCUUACACUCACUUAUACAUACACGCAUAACUAAAUACAUGCAUAUAAUUUAUAUUAAAAAAAAACAAGUUAAAGUUAUUAUUAUUAUGGUAAUGAUCGCUAUUAUUACAAAUAUUUUUAACGUUAUGUAAUAUAAUUAAAGAAAAAAAAACAACAAAAAAACAAUACUGCUGCAAAUUUGAUGAUUUGUCUAAAUGAAUAAUGUUAGAAAAGAGAGCAAAACACACACACACACACACCUACAGUAAAUAAAUAUGUAAUAAUUAUGUAAUUCGCAUUGUUAUGUUAAAAGAGUAUGAAAUCGAGGAUGCCUGUAUGUUUCCGAAGAUGAUCGAUUAAGAUGUUGAUAAUGAUGCAGAAGUUGGUGAUUAUUAUUAUUAUUGUAAUUUUGUAUAUUGUACGUUAUUUGCUAGCGAAGAAUAAAUAAAGAAAAAAAUUUGUAAAAUA